GUGCUUUGGUAAUGCGUGUCGAUUUUGAAUUUGUUAAUGUUUGAUAAUCUCUGUAUCAUUUCCAUGUCGAAGUUGUUAUAGUACAGUUCACACAGCCCAAAUUUUAUGGAACGCUCGAAAACUAGCUUUUUUAAAAGGUGUAGUUUUGAAGGUAGUUGGGGAUCUAUUUUCAUUUACUGACGUCACUUAAAUUCUCUGUGGUCAGAAUAUGGAUAUUUCGCAUCCAAAAUGAAAUUGAAGCGCUCGGAGUUAAUCUUUAGUUUUGCAGAAGUCUUCAAUAUGAAAAUACCAGAGUUACUUGGGAAGGUGACAUGGUAACUCGAACUGUUUUGCUACAGAUUGCUGGUACUAGUGCUUUAUCCUUCCCCGUUGUGCCACUACGCUUGUAGAGUUCCUAAUCAUGUCCGCCCUACGAAAUGGUUUUCUGCACUUCAAAUAAUCCAAUACAGCGAGAUUCAUUUUUUUCGUAAUGAAAAUUAAUCAUUUGUUAUCUAGCAUUGUCUACACUCACCGUAGUCACUUUAUAAAUGCCAAACACAUGGACCGUAGUGGAAUGUAAGACAUGCAUUCUGUGAUUAUUUUCUCAAUUAAAACUGUUGUAGUAGUACUGUAUCUAAUCGAAUUUGUAUCAUUGACACUACAAAAGCCUCCAUCUUAUGGGUAAUUGAAAUCUUUAAUGCAACAAGUAUGCUGAUUCGUACGUGCUUGCCACUAAUUUGUCCAUACAGUUUAAGUUAAUUGAAAUCGCUCUGAAUAUCUGACCCCUGCAGAUAAUAAUAUUGAUAAAUUAAUCCAUAGCCACUGUUGUACUGUGAUGCGUGAUGGAGUUGACCGUAAGUCAUUGAAGUGGACUUUCACGAGGCAUUUAUGUAACUAAAUCUUCAUUUUUUUUACCGUAACUCUGCUCCUUCAAUCACUCAAAACUCGAUACUUGGACGUAAAACAACCAUACCUCUUGGGUAUGCCUUCCAUAAAGACGCUUUUUAUCAUUUCAUGAAGGUGAAAAUGUGUUCAUAAACAUUACUGUGGCAAAGCUUUUGAAAUGGUACUUAGUUAAAUGUCGAAAUUUUUCAUCACUAUUAACUCAUUUUUAAACUUCCAGUUAUUUUCACUCCUGACAGAAACAUCGCGAAAUUUAGCCGAUUAUUGAACAAUGUAAACUGACAAAAAUGGCCAAGACGAAGAUCUUAGCGAAAUUCGGAGAAGACCCAGUUAAACUUACUACAACAAGUACAGAAGCAGCACCAGUGGGAUCUCUUAAAAACGACUACGAUGUAAAGAAAAAGACUUCUUUUCUAGUCCUAUCGUAGGGGCCUAAUUUUUAUUAUUUAUACUGACCCAGUUGCUACGCCUACCGUUCUGGGAUUUGGCCCAAAAACCCAUUUCUCUGUGCUUAUGGGGUAUGGCAACUUGAACCGAUGUACAUACGUACGGGUUCUACGUAGUGGCUGAGCAACUGAAGUAAAGUAUUAAAAUUUGACGAAUAAAAUUGAGACCUAUCCAUCCACAAACGAUUACAUGAACUUUCCAACCCCGAUGUUAGAUUUGGGACUAAUUCAUCAAGUGUUUGAAUGUCUGCGCUCCAUAUUUAUUUAGAAUGCGUUCUUAUGUUGAUCUUACGUCAAGUCAGGGUAUCGUAUUUAUACAUUUAAAAUGUCACAUUGGAUAAUCUGUAUUCAAAUUACUUCAUAUUAUGGGGCUAAAUGUACUGUUUUACACACUGUACUAGUUCACAAAAUCAAACCACCAGAAACUUCAUAGCAUCUGUCUUCUCAUUUCUUAACUAACACUUAUUUGCCUUCCAGAUAAUAAGCAUUUGAAAACCGAUGGAUGAAAACUUGGAAAACUUCUCUAAUGCUGACUUCGAUGCUAGAUUGUUCGUCUCUUAUAUUGUUGGUACUAAUAAAGUUUCAAAUGUUUUAUGCACAAUAGAUAACCGAAUAAGAGAGUUAGCCACUCUGAUUCAUCAGCAUGUUGCUGAUAAUCACGUCGACCUGUUUAAAAGAGCCUCUGACAUUGAUAAUUUGCAAAAUGUUUUGCAGGCAGUUGAAGAUAAAAUACGAAACUUGUCAAUUUCUUUAUCGAAAGUUAAAAAGAAAAUAGAUACUCCCCAUGAAACAUUAUCCACAAAUGUAACUCAUUUCAAAAAUCUACACAUUACAUGUGCUUUUCUUCGUAACAUAUCUCGAGUAGCAACACUAAUGAAACGAAUCCAAAGUAGGUCUAAAGAUUUAUGUCAAUGUGCAAUGUAUGUAAAUGAGUUAAACUUCAUCUUUAAUAAUAUGGAAUGGGAAGGAAUCCAUGUAUUGGAGUCCUAUAAUCGUGCAUUAGUUCAAGUUCGAGAGAGUAUGGUGUCACAAGCAUGGAGCCUAAUCAAUUCAUCUUAUGAGUUAUCUGAUCAAACUCAAUUAGCCACAGGACUACAGGUAAAUUGUUUCUUUUUUGUUCCUCCUUAUUAUAUUAACCUUUUUAAGUAAAUAUAAAAUAUUAGUAUGCAAGUUAAAUAUUGGUUAAAUACAACAGCAUAGCCACACUUGGUAUUGGGUCAGUCCAACAGGUCAAAUUCUGUAGUGUUUUGUAGCUUACAACACAAUGUUCACAUCAGAUCUCAAUAAAAAUGGUGUUGUCUGUGUUGGUAGACAUUAUUUUGCAGUAUCUUGCAUUUUAGAUUAUAUUCUAUAUGGUUUUCUACCAUUUAAAUAUGUUAAUGGAUGUAGUUCAUGAACUGGUGACUAAAUGGAAAUCAGAAUUUGUUUCUGUACUAUCCUCUUCCGUUGAUAUAGAUUCAUUAACUCAACGUAUGCGAACACGUCAAAAAAUUCAGCAAGGUGGUUCUGGUCCAGGCAGAGCCUCAUUAUCAGCAGUUGGUGGUCAAGCAGCUGCUUUUCAUGUUGCUGUAUGGACUAGUUUAGAUGGAACUAUUGAUAAAAUGGAACAACUUAUUUCUUGUAGUCGUCUACUUGGUCUAACUUUAAUGAAACAACGUGAAACACAUAUUGAUGUAUGUAUGACAAGUAUAUGUCGUUUAGACCAAUAUAUUUCUGAAUUAUAUCCUAGUCUAGCUGAAUUACUUAUACAUGAAAUGCUUAUCGACUGGCAAAAUAAUAAAAAUUCUGAAAAAUAUUCUUCAAUUUUGUUAAUUUUUGCUUCAGCCAAUUUUAAAGAAUCUUUAACUCGUCAAGAAGAUAACAUCGACUCAUCCUCUGCUAUCGAUAAUUCAAUUGGUCACAAACAAAUUAAUGAUAAUCGUGCAGAUAUUCGUAAUGCACUGAUUUCAAAUGAAGGAUUCCUUGGUUGGGCAUCAGAUCAACUGGCCACUAAACUUUCUGCUGUUUCCAAUCAAUCACCAGUAAUUAAAGAGGUGCUUGAAGGAGAAUAUCCGAAAUUAUUAAAAUUAAUAUUAGAUUUGGAACGUCGUGUAACCAGUACCCUUUCGAAUGAAUUAUUUAAUAAUAGUAAUUAUGAUCAAUAUACCUUAUCACCUAUUCAUCAACAAACUAUAUUGGAACAGCUACCUUCAUGUUUAGUUCGAGCACUGCAUCCAUUUGAAACAGCUUAUUUAUCUCGUAGUGUAUCACGUCUAUUUGAUAGGGUAACUUUGGCUUUUUCAACAUCUACAACAGCUGGACCAGAUACAAAUGAAUUAAACGAUAUCAUACAAACAGCUGCAAAUGAAUUAGCAUAUGCUACUGUUCAUCAUGACCUCUUAUAUAAGGUUACUCGCAACUUAGAUAAAUUGAUUGCUUUAUUUGCAACUAAAACUGAAACUUUAAUUUCUACGGGCAGUACUUGUGCGGUACAAUUGACAGAUUCACAAACACUUGGACAACAGAAUAAUAUACAUUUAGUCAACCUUCUCUGUCAGUUUGGAACAAAUUUACAAUUAACUGUUAAUAAACGAUUGAACAAUCUGAAUACAAUAACAACAUCUAACAUUAAUCAUAAAAAUUAUAAUAAAUCAUCUACAUUUUUAAAUGAAACCUUCGCACUGAUUACCACAAUUGAAACAAUGACACCAAUCAAAAAUCCACUUCAGUUAAUCUCGGAAUCAACAAAAAAUCAUUUGAAUAAUUUGUGCAAUUCCAUUUUAAAUCCAUUUCUUCUAGCUAUUGGUAAUAAAAUAGAUGAAAUUUUAAGUUCAAUGCAUAGUGAAUAUGAUUCAUAUCAAAAUGUAUCAGUUAAUGAACUGAGCAGUAAAUCGAAGUAUCUACAAGAUUUACAGAACUUUACUGCUAGAGUUCGUCAACAAUAUUUAUCUGAUCUAUCACAACCUCCAAAAUUUGUUAAUACAAUACCUAAUAUAUUCACACAAUCAGGAUGUUAUGUUUGCGGUGAAUUCGCAUUGCAAGAUGCUUUAAAACCAAUUCUUACUAUGUGUGUCAACAGUUAUCUUUGGCGAUCAACAUUAAUUCGUUCUUCAAAAGAAUCAAUACGUCUUAAACUAGCCGCUGAUUAUAAAGAUUUUGAAUUAGCUUUAAUGCCAUUAUGCUCUCCAAAUUAUGGAUAUACAUUAAGUAAACUAAUCCCAGAAUCUUAUGAACAAUUAAGAGAUUUUCCUUCUAUCCUAUCUAUGGAAAAUGAACAGCUAGUUCAGACUUAUGCAAAAGAGGAUUCAGUUGGUUCUUCGUCAAAUCAUCUACUGCCGAGUUUGAUUUGUCAACAUAUGUUUAGCAGAGCACCGGAUGAAAUUCGUUAUCCCCAUAUUGUUGCAGGUUGGUCUACAAAUUACUAUGUAUCGUGGUUGGUGAAAAGGAAAAAUGAUACGGAACGUUUAGUUUUUCUACGCAAUGGUCUUUCAGCAUACGUCCAUGAGGUCCAACUAAGACAACAACGAGAAUAUCCACCGAUUUAUUUGCAACUGAAAGAAUUUCUGGACUACCAUAUUGGAAAAGAUCAAAAGUGAAACUUGUAUUUUUUAUUGUAUCUAUUUAUAUGGGAUUCGUUUAAACUAAUUUUUUAUACAUAAUUUCAUCUGAAACACUGUGAUAAAUAUUAUUUUAAUGAAAUAAAUACUUAAUUUGUUU